ACCAAUCAGCGCCCGAGCUCGGAGCGCUGGGGCGAAACCAAACGAGAGCGCGAGCGAUGGAGCAGAGGCUCAGCCUGGAGCAGCGAACGGAGCGUCUGGUGCAAAGGAGCCAGGCCCAGCUCAGAGCCCGCCGCCCCGGCGCAGAGAGGACGAAGCCUCUGCUGGACUCCGCCCCCUGCAGCUCCGCCCUCCAUGACCCGCUCGUCCAAUGGCGCUCGAGGCGGUGCCGGGGGGAGGAGCCCGCAGUGGACACGCCCCUGGCGGGCAGGGCCCUGCAGGGAUUGGAUCAGGGCGGGUCACGUGACCCCACCGGGGCCAUGCAGGCGGCUGCGCCCGGGCGGCCACGUGACCCAGCUGAAGCUCCCUGGCCAAUCAGGAGACACUUCCGCAAGCACCAGGGGCUGCCUUCAGCCCGGGCUGUCUGCCAGGAACGCUUCUGGCAGGAUCCCGGCUGGCGGCCACGGGACUCCCACCAGGCCCUCGGGCCAGUGAGGAGCAGCUCUCUGGAUACCCUGCGGGAGGCACGAUGCUCACAGCCACAUGACUCCCACCACGCCCCGGGGCAAAUCAGCAGCAGCUGCUGCGCACCUCUGCACCAGGGGGCGCCACCCUGUGGGAAGCGAGAGUCCCAUCAGCCUUUGCUGCAGGAGCCACUUUGGGGGUCACAUGACUGCCUCGGGGCUCUGUGGUGUGCGCCACAUUGGGAGUCACGUGACUCCCAGGAUGCCCUGCGGCCUCCAAGGGAGGAGCCCCAGUGCCGGGGAGGGCGGGGCCUGAGGUCACGUGGUCCCCGUGAGGCCCCGCCCUCAGUCAGGAGCAGCGCACGUGGUGCCCCACAGGGGGCGCCAUGGCAGCAGCCACGGGCUCCCCCAGGCCCUCUUGAGGACCCCAUCCUCUGGAUGUUGCGAUGCCACCGCCGGACCAUAAGGGAACGCCUUCGGGCCAUUGAGACACUCCUGGAAUGCCCACCUGGGCACCCCCAACGCAUGGUGGGGCCAAUAAAGCAAUGACACCCCAAAA